AUAUUUGCAUGACGAAGUUGCUGCAGUUGGUGAAAGAAGGUUUUGAAACGAUAAGUCAAGAUGACUGGAGUGCAUACUGCCUCCAUGUGGAGAAACUUGAAAGAGAAUAUUGGGUUAAGGAUGGGGUUAUGGAAGACAUAAUAGACGCUAUAGUUAUUAAUUUAGAAAGUGAUGACGACGAGGACGACGACGACGACGACAGUAAUGAUAGUGACAAUGUUGAUGAUGACCUCUAAAAUACGAUGUAUGUAAACAGGCAAUGAAUAUUUUUUUGAAAAAUAUGUUGUGUGUUCUUUCAAGCCUGACUCUGCUCAUACACUAUGAAAUUUCUUUUGGUAGAAAUGUAGUACAUGGUAGUAAAAGAUUUUCCAAGAUAAAUACAGUCAAAUGUUGUCCAAAGCAAUAAAUACCAUUAUCACUUGUUGUACAAAACCAGGAAUAACUUGAGAGCUUCAUGGUAAAAUCAAUUAACGUUUCGCUAGCA